AUGCUUAUGGUAGACCAAGCCACGGUAAAGGUCGUGGAGCUCAUGGCCCCCAAAUCAUCGAAGCGGGACGCCCAGCUGCUACAUGGCCAAUUAGUGAGCGGACAGAUAUUUUCCGGCUUUAACCUGGAGGGCCGUGAGACCAUCUGGAGUAAUUUGCGUAUCAUUAGCGGCCUGAUACCAUCCCUCUACACCUUCUUCGAGGAUCUCAAGUAUCUGGAAGCAUGUGCAGGCAGCAUGAGACACUUGGUUAUGCCGUCUCCAAAACACACGAUGCGCAGCGCCUUGAACAAUAUUUUUUUUGGAACGAACCAACUCGUCAUCCAGGAGGCCCACUCCACAUAUUCUACACAGUUGGGGAAGUGCUCGAAGAAUUGGCACUUUACGUAUCCCCAGUUAUGGUUGUUCACUAUGCGGGACUAUCCUGGUUUGCCUGCUCCUCGGGAGGUGAAGACGAAGAAGAAGAAGAAGCUUCUAGCGAAGGCUAGGACGCCAAAUGCCAAUGAAGUUAAACUGUCUGACUUUGCAGUUCUUGCUGACAGGCUACGGUUUAAAAGCGAUGAGAUAUCGGCGUUAAUGCGACGGUCCUCAGACAGAGAGAUUGCGCGUGAUGCAUUACUAAGAGCGCGAGAUCAGGAUCACUAUGAUUACAAUGAUGGAGACAUUGACUCUCAUGUCGAACAAAUCUUGGGAUUGUUUGCAACCGCCAGACCUCGCAAUACUGAUCAGUCAUCUCCCGCUCUCGUCAGUGACGGUCCGGACGCGGCGGGGGCCCGAUGUGGGUUUCCCGACGAGGAGGCGCAUGCGAGAGAUAGAAAGUUUCUCUAUAUAAGCAACCUCCACGCAGACCAAGACGAGCAAGGCGAGAGCAUCACGUCAUUUUUCGUGCGCAGGUCUGUAUACUUUGCAUUCUUUGGUAGGUUGGAGGAGACAAGCACACCCCGUUCUAACCCUGCACCACCACCCAAUUCUGGGGCGGACCAGGCGGCAGCACCAGAGGCAGGUCUCGACACAGAGCAGGAGGGGCUCAGACAGAACAGAGUCGAGGAGGAGAGGCUUGACCGAGAACGGUCUGAACUGGCCCCGCUGGAACAGGAGAGGCAGGUAUCAGAGGUGAAUGGUGAUAGCAACGACUCAUUCCAAGUACCAGAGAGGGAUCAGAGGCGGAACACACAAAUUGACCUUGAGGGAAUCAUUGCAGGUGGACUCGCCAGCACCCUUGAAGAUACCGUGGACCCACCAGAUCGCCCUGGAGAGCAGGACCCGAACAGUCAACUGCAGGUAGUAGCCCCUUCCCCUUCCGAGGUCCGCAUUGAGUUUAAAAUUCUGGAGGGAGAGGUAUGGAAGACGGAUCGAAGUCUUCUGGUGAACCCUUUUGAACCUUCCGAGGUAGAGCGGGUAGCGAAGAAAUACAUGAGAAAGGGAAUCAGGCCAUUUGAGUUACUACUCCCACGAACAUGCUUCCAAGCAGUAACUACGGAUGGGACAAACACAAUACUAUUGAUCCAGGAAGAUGAUACCCAUGUUAAUAACCAGCUUGUGGUGUUUGAACCGACACCUGAUGCGGAUCCUUUUGGAGGCAGUAGGCCAAAGAGGAGUCGACAUUAA